UGAAACUUGAAGAGACUCGGAGCAAAACAAACGCUUCCUGUGUUGCUUGAUCGGCAAUCUGUUUGAACAGAGUAGCCAGAGGCUGUGGGACCACUUACCAAGGGGGAAACAACCUCUUGCACAUAAUCCUGAAGAAUGACCACCAUAUAUGACUUUAUGUCUGAAGAACAGUACUAUUGCUCCAUAUGCCUGGAUGUGUUCACCUCUCCCGUCUCCCUCUCAUGCGGCCACAACUUCUGUAUGUCCUGCAUUGAAUGCUACUGGGGCAGCAGUGACCUUUGCCAGUGCCCACUGUGCAUGCAGGUCUUUAAAAACAGACCGGAACUCCGUGUAAAUACUUUUAUUGCUGAAAUGACUGAGAACUUCAAGACCAUGGGUAUCAUGUGUUUGGCGGGACCUGGGGAGGUGACCUGUGACAUAUGCACAAGAAGGAAGGUCAAGGCCAUGAAGUCCUGCUUAGUGUGUCUCACCUCAUACUGCGAGACCCACCUGGAGCCUCACAAAAGGGUGGUAACCCUGAAGGGGCACAAGCUCAUUGACCCUGUGAAUGACCUGGAAGACAGGAUGUGUAGAAAACAUGAGAGACCCUUGGAGCUGUUCUGCAGAAAGGACCAGACAUGUAUCUGUAUGCUAUGCAGUCUAAUGGACCACAAUGGACACAACACAUUGCCAGGGGAGAAAGAGUGGAAAGAGAGAAAGUUUGAGCUCGAAAAGACUGAAGCAGAAGUUCAGCAGAUGAUCCAAAACAGAAAAAAUAAAGUGAUUUUAAUAAAAGAAUCAAUCCAGCUUAGCAAGACCAACACAGACAAGGAGAUCGAGAACACUGUGCACGUGUUCACUGAUUUGGUCUUCUCCAUCAAGAAAAGCCAGGCAGAUCUUAUUGAGGUGCUGGAGGAGAAGCAAAGAGCAAUGGAGAAAAGGGCUGAAGGGGUUGUUGAGGAGCUGGAGCGGGAGAUAGCUGAGCUUGAGAAGAAAAAUGCUGAGUUGGAGCAGCUCUCUAACACUGAUGACCACAUCCACUUCCUACAGAGUUUCCCAUCUCUGUCCACCCUUCCACACACUAAGGACUGGUCUGAGGUCAUGGUCCACACCGACAUGUGUGUGGGUAGCAAACUGGAGGCUUACAAUCUGCUGGGAGAGACCAUCAACAAAGCUAUUGAUGAGCAAUUGGAGACUGAAUUUCAAAGAAUACAGAAGUAUGCAGUUGAAGUGACACUUGACCCCAACACCUCACACCCAGCUCUUAUUGUCUCAGAGGAUGGGAAGCAGGUGAGUGAUGGGACCACAGAACUGUGCGUCCCCAACAACCCAGAGAGGUUUGACUCCUGUCUGUGUGUCCUGGGUACGAAGGGCUUUGCAUGUGGACGCCAUUACUGGGAAGUGUUUGUAGGCGGAAAGACAAACUGGGACAUUGGAGUGGUCAGAGGAUCCAUCAAUCGGAAGGGCGAGCUCAUUGCGUUCCCUGAAAACGGCUUCUGGACAAUUUGGCUCAGAAAUGGGAAAGAGUUGUCUGCCAACUGCUCACCCCCUGUUGUCCUCGAACUGACAGAGAAGCCCCUGAAGGUUGGAAUCUAUGUGGAUUAUGAGGAGGGUCAGGUCUCCUUCUACGAUGUAUCUAAAAAGUGUUGCAUCUGCACGUUCACCAACUAUACCUUCACCGAGAAACUCUAUCCAAUCUUUAGUCCCUGUCUCAAUACUUCCCCUGAAAAUACCGGCCCUCUCAUUAUCACCCCCAUCAUCAAAAUAUAGUGAAUCCUAUCAUAAAAAUUGUGUGUGUAGUUAUUUAUAAAUGCACUGUCAGCAUCUAUUUGUUUAUAAGUGUGUGUGUCUACAUGAUGUUCCUGUCUAGUGCUUCUCAUUUCUCUUGCUCAAACUUUUUUCCUUCCGACAUGA